UUUUACUUUUUUAUUUUAUGUUGCAGGUGCGAACCCUAUUUGUUAGCGGCCUACCUAUGGAUGCCAAGCCUAGGGAACUCUACCUCUUGUUUCGAGCCUAUCAGGGUUAUGAAGGUUCAUUAUUGAAAGUAACCAGUAAACCUGGAAAGAAUCAAUCGCCUGUGGGCUUCGUCACAUUUGAAUCGCGUGCAGGUGCAGAAGCGGCGAAACAGGCACUCCAGGUGAGUAAUUGUCGCCCCCUAUAGGCAACCAUUUUUAAUAAAAGGCUGUUGCAUGACGUCCCCACAUAUUAAUCUGAAAGAGGAGCCCUCCAACAGGCUGAGUUCCUUGCUCAGA